AUGCCGACUACCUGUUCAGCUCAUCGCUGUACAAAUAGAGCAAAAUCGAGGUCAAAUAUACAUUUUUUUAGAUUUCCUCCAAGUGAUGCCGAAGGUUUAAAAGGUUGGUUUAAUGCUAUUGGUCGCAUAGGAUUUGUGCCAAAUGCUGGAAGUCGCUUAUGUAGUGAUCAUUUUGAACGAUCAGACUUUUAUGAUAAUCCAGGAGGAAGUAUAUCAAGUGAAGAUUUACCAAUAAAUCUUAGUACUAGAUGUGCCCCAUAUGACGUUGAGGUCUUAAAUGAUUCCUGUUUAUUAACUCCAAUAAAAUUACCACUAAUUAUAACACCAUCCAAACGUAGUUUUAAUCAAUUAACUUUACCAUCUCCUCAAAGAACUCCAACCAGGUCCAUCUUGAGUUUACCACAUGUAUCAGCCAUUAGAAACUAG